UUUAGAAGUGUUGUACGUCACUGUAGUAUUAAUUUUUUACGAUUUCGUCUAAUAAGUCAAAAUUUUUGCGUUGUCGUGGCCCCUAAUGAUUCAAAGCGGAUCGUCUAAAAUGUGUUAGGUUGUGUAAGAUUGACUAGUGUGUUCUGCUCUCGCUUGUCGUUUGUUUAUUCAGGUGCAUCACGAAGGAAGAACAAAGAAAAAGAUGAUGAAAAUUGUUAGCAAGCACAAAUAAAUACUAUUUUAGAAGAUGGAAAAUCCUCGGGAGAAUCCCAAAAAGAUGAAAUUUGAUCAUAAAGAUGAGGAAAAGAUGAAAUUUGAUCAUAAAGAUGAAGAAAAGGCAAUUCUGUAUCCUGUCUUGGCAGAUGAUCUAGUGGAGGAUACUCCAUUGACUGAAGUAUAUGUUGGCACCAUAUCAAACCAAAAAGACAUAUCAAAGGUGAUUAUCGAACUGAAUUCCAUAACGCCUAUUCCUGAACUCAUGCACUUGAAAAGGAUAAAAGGAAAAGAUAUUCUUCUUUUUCCUGUAUGUAAUAUAGAAAAAAAUCAAAUAUUCUCUCUCUUACAGAGUAAAAACUUCGAUAUCUCAAAAUUGGAGAACACAAUCAAAACUUCCAUGGUGGCGAAAAUACCACCAAAAAUUCGUAGGCAGUAUGACAAAGUCCACAAAGUUUGGCCCUGUAACUUUCACAGCAACAAAUAUUUGGAGAAACUGAGCACUAAUACACUAUUUUCAUCUAAAGAACUUCAGGAGUUUGAGGGGUACAUGCGUCUGGCGAUAGACGUUGCAUUGUACGCCAGGGAACACUAUUUUGACGAACCUCAAGUAGGGGCGAUUGUAGUAGAUACUAAAAUAAAAUCGGUGGUAGCAGCAAGCUACCGUCAAACCAACGAAGGCCCAUGCCGUCACGCCGCUAUGGUUGCAGUCGAUAAUGUAGCCAAAACUCAAAAUGGGGGUGCCUGGAAUAUUGACGAAAUUACUAAUAAAGACGGUGAAUUAAACACGAAUGGAUUCAAGGAAGAACUGUUAAAUUUUCUUAAGAAAAAAUAUAAUACUUUACGUUUUGGUGCUUCUUGGUUCAAAGGGAAGUCGGACUUAUUGGAGCCUUCAGAUGGACCAUACCUGUGUACGGGUUACUACGUGUUUCUGACUCACGAACCUUGUGCAAUGUGCGCGAUGGGACUAAUUCAUAGUAGAGCGAAAAGGGUUUUUUUCGGUGCUAGGACAUCUAAUGGCGCUUUAACAACUUCUUGUAAAAUUCAUACAGUGAAAGACUUAAAUCAUCAUUAUGAGGUGUUUGGCGGCUUGUUAGAAAAACAGUGUUUACAGUUGUGAUAAGAUUAGAAUGUGAUUAAUUUUAAGAUGUAGGGUGUAGUGCAUU